CAAGACGUCAGACUGUCUGUCCAUCUGUCUGGUGUAUGUGAACAUCACUAACGCCUAAACCGAUGGGCCUCAUUUUGGGUCUAACAUUUGGAUCAAUAAUAUUAGUUUUUGGACUCACUGCGCUUUGCUUCUAUUGUCCUAUAUGUUGCUGGUACAAAAUGAGGAACUCACAUGGUGUUGUUACUUAUACCAAUGCACGUCCAGUUCCAGGUGGAAUAUCUACUGUUACCCCGCAACAUCCAUAUCCUUACCCAGCAGGAGUGGUUGUCCACCAACAAGCAGGGCACUAUCCACCAGGAACCCAAGGUCAAGUGUUUGCUCAAGGAUCGAUGUAUGUUCAAGGAGCUCCAUAUCAACAGGGAGGGGUUAUUUAUCCACAAGGAAAUCAUGGAGCACAGGGAUCUUUUCCUUAUCCCCAAGGAACAGUAAUGAUCCCACAAAAUGCUCCACAUCAACAAGGUCAGCCAGCUCAAUACCCACCUAACAUGAAAUAAAGAACAAAAAUGUUGUUUACGAGACUAAUACAUGUCUCUGGCAUACGAAUGACCCUGAACGAGACGAAGACAGCCGAGAACGAAAUUUAGAAAAGACUGUGCCGAAAACACUUUCGUACGAGCUGCUUUUUUUAGUAACAUGGACACAUACUCUUCAGUU